AUGAAAAUGUUGUUUGCUCAAUUGUGUAAAUUAUACACUUUCUUCUUAGUUGCAUUCGCAACCAUAGCUGUAGGAGCACCUCUAGAAAAUGAGAUUAUGAAUCCCAACCUCAAACGAGCCAACAUAGAAUUAACAUUACCUUACUGUCCCGCUGACCACCCUGUUUACAAAGCUUCACUUUGCAACAGUAUAACAGAAUUGAUGGUAUAUUGUGGAAUUGGAAGUGCGGACGACCCAGCUACAACCAUCAUAAGUUAUAUGAAUUGUAAACCAGAUGAAGUUUGUGUUGAACAUUAUCACGCCGUCGAAUCUGAACUAGAUGUUCCACAUGCAACUUGUACGGAUACUAAAAAUAAAUGGGAUAAUUUUGAUAAUCCCAAUGCAAUAGCCUGCUCAGGGAAAACGAGCUACAUUUCUGGAUCAAAAGAUAUAGAGAUUGCAAUAAUUAUAUAUGCAUCAGAUGGAAAACCGAUACAAGUAGAUUCUCUGUAUGCAACUGAAAAUGAUAGUAUGCUUUAUCCUAUCAAUAAUAAUAUGCACAAUUACACCAAUGUGCUCCGAAAUUAUAAUAAGGAAACCAUUCAAUACUGUUUUCAUACAGGUACCUAUGCCGAUGUAACAGCUUAUGCUACUGCUUGGGGCAUAUCGGUUUAA